UGUCUUGAAAACUACGGAAGCGGUUAAAUUCAGGUACUUUGUGGAUGUAUUAGGAUACAUUUACCGGCAUUCUAAAGACUUAAAACGUUAUAGAAAACAAAGACAGUUAUUGGUGGAAAGAGUUUACGUUUUUUUUCCUUCGCUCGUUGCUGCUAACAGAAACUUUUACUCUCACGGUUGCUGUCAGGAACUUUGACUCGUCUUAACGUUUCUCUCCAUCCUCAGUUUGGCUGCAUUGAAACAUCAAAUGGCUUGGGAGGGAAGACCCAUCUUCCUCCUAUCUCUCCUUCUUAUCCUGUCAAGUGUGUGUGACAGUCAUCCUCACUCUGCCCGACACACUAGUUCAGCAACGGUUACCAGGUCCAUAUCAAAUGAAACUGUGAGGAGAGUCCCAGCUUCAGACAUAGCAACAGAGGUUGCUGGAUAUACCGAUGUUGCCAAACAGAUAAUUGAGCUAGCUGUGUUUGGUCCUGCCCAAAACCGGUCAUACAGGCGGCUGGCUGACUUUACCGACACCAUAGGGAAUCGUGUGAGCGGGUCCCAAAACUUGGACAUGGCUAUUAAAUACAUGCACAAUGCCAUGACACAGGAUGGCUUGGAUGUGGAUUUGGAACCAGUGAAAAUCCCACACUGGGUUAGAGGAAAAGAGAGUGCAGAGAUGAUUGCACCCAGGGCCAAGAACCUGGCUAUACUGGGACUGGGUAGCAGCAUAGGAACACCACCUGAGGGUAUCAAGGCAGAGGUGUUGGUGGUUCAGUCUUUUGAGGAGCUGAAGCGUAGAGCCAGUGAGGCCACAGGAAGAAUUGUGGUUUUUAAUCAGCCAUUUGUCAGCUAUGGAGAGACGGUGGCUUACCGUGCUUUUGGUGCCUCAGAGGCAGCCAGAGUGGGAGCUGUGGCCACACUCAUUCGAUCAGUCACUCAGUUCUCUAUUAACAGUCCCCACACAGGUUGGCAGGACUACCAAGAUGGAGUUGAACGCAUCCCUACAGCCUGUAUCACUGUGGAGGAUGCUGAGCUGAUGUGGCGGAUGGCCCAGAGGGGGCAAAAGAUUGUGGUUAGACUCACAAUGGGAGCCAAGACUCUGCCUGAUGUCGACUCUUUUAACACAGUAGCUGAGAUUAAAGGCUGGCAGUACCCAGACCAGAUCGUCUUACUGAGCGGUCAUUUGGACAGCUGGGAUGUGGGCCAGGGUGCCAUGGAUGAUGGGGGUGGAGCAAUGAUUUCCUGGGAAGCCCUGUCGCUUAUCAAAGACUUAGGUUUGCGACCAAGGAGAACUUUGCGAACAGUGCUGUGGACAGCUGAGGAGCAGGGUGGAGUCGGGGCACAGCAGUACUUUAAUCUUCAUAAGGUGAACAUGUCCAACUUUGACCUCGUUAUGGAGUCUGACAUGGGGACAUUCACCCCUGUCGCUCUGCAGUUCACUGGCAGCGAUGCGGCACGAAAGGUGAUGCAAGAGGUAGUCAAACUUCUGGCUCCCAUUAACACCACCAAACUGGAAACCAACAGUGAAGGGACAGACAUCUCACCAUGGAUGCAGGCAGGAAUACCAGGUGCCAGCCUCCAUGUGGCAGACAGCCGUUACUUUUGGUUCCACCACAGUGAAGGGGACACCAUGACCGUUCAGGAACCUCGAGACAUGGACCUCUGCUCAGCGCUGUGGGCUGUGGUUUCCUAUGUUGUAGCAGACCUGCAAGACAUGCUGCCCAAGUAGCAUGUCAACAAGAAUAAUAGGAUUAUAUUUUGAUUGAUCAAAAUACAAUUUUUAUUUGUUUUGAAAUAUGCUAAUGUGUACUAUUAAAACAAAGGGCAUGUAAAAGUUUAUAGAAAACCCUAUCCAGUGGGGCUGAGGUUUAUAUGAUGAGGAUAUAAAGAGAUUUUAAAUAUUGUUUUUGUUUUUAUAGCAAAGAACACAUUAGAUUUAACAUCAUUCCAAAUGAAAAAGUGAAUCAUGGGUUCUGGUGUUCUGUCUUAGAUGAGUACUGGACAAAGAGAUUUGUGGAUUUUCUCAGGUACUGCAUUAUAUGUUGUGCUGCAGAGGACAUGUUUUUUGAUCUGUGACAGUGAGAGAUAAACUUAGAAGUUCAAUUAGUGAGUUUUUUGCAUGAAUAGUGCUGACCAUUGGUGAGCCAAAGAAAACAAACAAUUAUGAGCUCAGACAAGAUAAAAUAAUGCUGUAAAGUUAUUUUGUUUUUUUUAUCUUUUUACUGUUUAAAGCUUGCUGUUUGUGUUUUCCGUCAAUUUUUUUCUGGUUCCACUACCAUAUUGUAAAAUAUUACACCAAAAAUAUUAGCCCAUCAAUAAAGAACAGAUUGUUGUCUCA